AUGACGGAGGAGAUGGAUUUAAAAAUGCUUAAUGGCUUGAAAAAGAAACGAGCUGUUAUUAAGGCAUCAUUAACUCGCCUCCGCACAUUUGUGGUUAAAUUUGACCCCAGAGAACAAGCGUUGUCUUUACUAGAAUUUCGUCAGGAAGAAUUACCUGCAAUUAAUAGAAAGUUUGAUGACAUACAAUCCCAAAUAGAAUUGCUUAUGUCGGAUGACAUUGAUGAAGCUGAAUCAGAGAGGGACAAGUUCGAGAAUGACUACUUUUCUGUAAGAUCUCAAAUUCAGGAGUUGAUUAACCAAGAAAAAUCCCACAACACCACUGGUUUAGCUCACUCGUCCUUUACAUCUGCACACCAUAUACAACGAACUCAAUUAGCGCCAAUACCACUUCCUAAAUUUAACGGAAAUAUCCAGGAUUGGUCAUCAUUUUUUGAUAUAUUUAAGGCCAUGGUGCAUAAGGAAGAAAGUUAUUCAUCGGCUCAGAAAUUCUUUUAUUUAAGAUCAUGUCUAGAAGGGUCAGCCUUAGAUUUGGUGAGAUCUAUACCUGUGAGUGACGGGAAUUACGAGGUUGUCAUCGAACAGCUGAUACAUCGAUACGAUAAUCGCAGCCUCGUGAUUCAAUCUCAUAUUCGUUCAAUUUUGGAUUGUCCACGGGUGGAAGAGGCUGCAUUCAAAACGUUACAACAGCUACACUCGACUAUGUGCACUCAUGUUGCUGCACUUAAGGCAAUGGGUCAACCAGUCGAACACUGGGACGCGUGGCUUGUUACCAUUGUUGUUAGCCGAUUGGACCCGGGUACCGCUCAUGGUUGGCAACUGCAUCAAAGGAAUACCGAGCUACCAAAAUAUUCUGAACUUGAAUCUUUCUUGGCAAGUCGUUGCGUAGCUUUAGAAACAUCCGAGUCAUACGUGCAGUCUACCAACGUAACCCAAAAGGUAUCAAAUUCAAGAGGUCAUGUGGUAUCAACUACUCCAAAGAAAGCUUUAAUAGCAGCUGGAAGCAAGCCGUCUCGACCAUGCCCUUGUUGCAAGGAUCUUCACAAGAUAUACGACUGUAAAAAAUUCAAAGAAUAUGCGAUAUCCGAACGGUUGGAUGUAGUUAGGGACAAUCGGUUAUGCUUUAAUUGCCUGGCACCAUACCACACGGCGGAUAAUUGCAAGUCAAGUUAUUCAUGUAAGAAAUGCAAUCGUAAACAUAAUACGAUAUUGCAUUUUGAGAAAAACCAGGAAGAGCAUCAGUUGCCAGGUGAGACUUCGAGUUCGGCACCCCUAACCACUCCACCUGUGGCGCAACCAUCUGGAGCUAAAAGUAUGGUGUCAGUUCCUAAAACCAAGAAGGUUUCUCAUGUGUUUUUGGCCACUGCAACAGUAUCAGUUAGAGAUAGCCUUGGCGUUUAUCGUAAGUGUCGAGCCGUUAUGGACAGUGGCUCACAGGUGAACUUCAUUUCAAAAAGUUUUGCAAAGCAACUUCGACUACCAUCGAAGAGGAUGAUGUUGCCUAUAAGUGGUAUCGGCUCCAGUGCGACUCAAUCCACUAGCAGCAUGGAUAUUCACAUGAAAUCUUGCGUAAAAAGCUUUGGCGCUCACAUAGAAUGUUAUAUAUUGCCAGUAAUUGUUGAGGAGCUGCCUACAGUUAAGUCACCCAAGGAAGGAUGGAAAAUACCAAAAGAAUACAUUUCAUUACUGGCCGAUCCUUCGUUCUGCGAAUCAGGCCCAAUCGAUCUAUUGAUUGGAUGCGGUAUUUUCUUUGAAUUAAUGGAAGCCAAACGUAUGCCAUUGUCCUCGGGAACUCUUUGUUUACAAGAGAGUAAAUUGGGUUGGAUUGUUACUGGAGGAAUCCAUUCUACAUGUUUAAUUAGUAUCGGUGAGGUAUUAGAAGAUAAGUGGAGAAAUCAAGGAAUUGUAGAAGAAGAUGACUAUGGCAGAUUGUCCAAGAAUAAUCAGAAGUGUCUCGAAGAGCAGCAAGCGUUAGAGCAUUUUCAAGCUACUGCUACGCGUAGCGCUGAAGGACGAUUUGUACUACGCUUACCGUUUAAGGCAGGUGCUGCAGAAUUAGGGGACACGUUAACAAUGGCAAGAUGUAGGUUUUUAAGUGUGGAGCGAAAAUUGCAGCGAGAUGAGAAACUAAGAGAGGCUUAUAUAAUGUUCAUGAACGAGUAUUUAGAAAUGGGACAUAUGGAAAAGAUAGACGAACCAGAAAGUCCUUCCCGAGUCUGUUAUUUGCCCCAUCAUCCAGUUAUAAAAACAUCAAGCUCAACCACCAAGGUACGAGUGGUAUUCGAUGCUUCGGCAAGGGGAUCUAACGGCAAGUCGCUUAAUGAUUUAUUGAUGCGUGGACCUGUAGUACAAGGAGAUAUUUUUACAAUUUUAUGUAGAUUCCGUAAACAUAGUUAUGUGAUUUCCGCAGACGUAGAAAAGAUGUACCGCCAGGUGGCUAUUGCCAAAGAAGACUGUGAUAUGCAAAGGAUACUAUGGAGAUCCACACCUAGCGAGCGACUCGCGUCGUAUCGCCUUUUAACAGUCACCUAUGGAACAACGCCAGCGUCGUUCAUAGCUACCCAAUGUUUAACUGUGUUAGCUGAUGAAAAUAAGACAAAAUUUCCAGACGCGUCCAAGGCUAUCAAAAAUGACUUUUAUAUGGAUGACUUAAUGACCGGCUGUGAGUCUGAGGAAGAAUGCUUACAAUUGCAACAACAAAUUUCACUUAUAACUAAUUCAGCAGGCUUACCCUUACGGAAAUGGUGCUCCAAUUCCAGUGCCAUAAGAGCUCGAUUGUCUGAAUUUAGCGAAGAUCCUCUUUUUGCAUUGGAAAUUCAAAAGGAAGACGCAGUGAAAUCCCUGGGACUACAUUGGAAACCAGCAGAGGACGAGUUCAGGUUCUAUGGUGUUAUGAAAGUCAAUACGAGUAAAACCACCAAACGUGUCAUUCUAUCUGACCUGAAUAAGGUAUUCGACCCGCUAGGUUUCCUAGUACCGGUCCUAAUCAAAGGGAAGAUAUUCAUCCAGCAAAUCUGGCAAUUAAAAGUAGACUGGGACUCUACGUUACCAGAGGACAUACAACGCAGAUGGGAUAUCUUUUAUACCGAGCUGGAAGACUUACGACUUGUGAAAGUGCCUAGGUGCACAUCUGUAACGGCGAGGAGUCAAAUUGAAAUACAUGGAUUUUGUGACGCUUCGCAGGAAGCAUACGGCGCUUGUGUUUACGUACGUUCAAAGGAUCAAUCCCAUAAGUGGCACUCUCGGUUGCUAUGUGCGAGAAGCAGAGUAGCAUCCUUGAAAGGUGAAUCAAUACCACGGCUAGAAUUGAGUGGUGCUCUAACUCUGGUACACCUAAUCAGUAAGCUUGCUUCAGCCUGGGAGGUGAAUUGUCGUGAAUGCUACCUAUGGACCGAUUCCACAAUUGUCCUAGGAUGGCUAAAUGCUCAGGCUAUUCGUCUCAAAGUGUACGUAGCAAACCGGGUCACCCAGAUACUGGAGUUAACCGAUCCAAAACAGUGGCGUCACAUAAGUACUGAAGAAAAUCCCGCGGAUAUGAUUUCCCGGGGUAUUAGCGCAAGGCUCCUUAGUAACUCAGAGCUUUGGUGGAAUGGUCCGAAGUGGCUAUCUGACAGCGAUAAUGCAAGUAUUCAAGGGGUUUACUCUCCCAUAGAGGAAUAUAAUCUACCAGAACAACGUCCAUUGCAGUUGUCAUUAGUGAUAGUAGCGAAUAUCGAUAAGAUUUUCCAACACUAUUCUCAGUGGAAUAGGCUGAGAAAGGGCGUCGCCUGGUUGCGCAGAUUUAUUGAGUUUCUUCGUUCGAAGAGUUUAGUGUCUAAAACCAAGUACCUCACAUUGGGCGAAUUGAAAAAGGCUGAACAUUGGAUUUUAGUUAGGGUGCAGGCAGAAGCAUUUCCGGAGGAAAUAUCAGCAUACAAGGCCAAUAAAGACAUUCACCAAGAAGCAAGUUGA